AUGAAAACGUUUGUGAAAAAUGUGACCAGGAGUCUCCUGGAGUUUAACACCUCAUUUGCCUUUGCACAGUACUCCAGUGGAACCACCAUCCACGUGAACUUUCAUCAGUUCCAGAGAACAGGAUGGGAAAACCAGGUGGAUAGUAUCAGCCAAAGAGGAGGAGGCACACGUACUGCUGGUGCUAUCCAGACAGUUGUGGACGCCCUGUUUGAUUCUUCUGCUGGAGCGAGACCUGAUGCCGUUAGAAUCCUCAUUGUCCUCACAGAUGGGCAGUCUGGGGAUGCUUCAAGCUAUCCCAGUGUCACGGCACAGGCUGAUAGCAAGAACAUUACUAGAUACGCUAUUGGGAUUGGAAGUGCCUUUAGCAGUCAGUCAGCCCAAGAUGAGCUCAGGAGUAUCGCAUCUUCACCAGAAUCAGACUUUGUGUUUAGAGUGGACAACUUUGAGGCACUGGACAACAUCAGCAGCAGACUGGAGAAGAGCAUCAUGGUCAUAGAAGGGGUGGUCCCUACAACUUGUUCACCCCCUACACCUGAGCCACCAAUCCCUACAAGCCAAGGGGACUCUUGCUCAUCCUCAGCUACUGAACUCUCAAACCGCACAAGUCAAGCGGCUGCAGAUAUUGUCUUCUUGCUGGAUGGAUCCGGAAGUGUGGCAGCACACCAGUUCUUGGUCAUGAAAACAUUUGUGAAAAAUGUGACCAGGAGUCUCCUGGAGUUUAACACCUCAUUUGCCUUUGCACAGUACUCCAGUGGAACCACCAUCCACGUGAACUUUCAUCAGUUCCAGAGAACAGGAUGGGAAAACCAGGUGGAUAGUAUCAGCCAAAGAGGAGGAGGCACACGUACUGCUGGUGCUAUCCAGACAGUUGUGGACACCCUGUUUGAUUCUUCUGCUGGAGCGAGACCUGAUGCCGUUAGAAUCCUCAUUGUCCUCACAGAUGGGCAGUCUGGGGAUGCUUCAAGCUAUCCCAGUGUCACGGCACAGGCUGAUAGCAAGAACAUUACUAGAUACGCUAUUGGGAUUGGAAGUGCCUUUAGCAGUCAGUCAGCCCAAGAUGAGCUCAGGAGUAUCGCAUCUUCACCAGAAUCAGACUUUGUGUUUAGAGUGGACAACUUUGAGGCACUGGACAACAUCAGCAGCAGACUGGAGAAGAGCAUCAUGGUCAUAGAAGGGGUGGUCCCUACAACUUGUUCACCCCCUACACCUGAGCCACCAAUCCCUACAAGCCAAGGGGACUCUUGCUCAUCCUCAGCUACUGAACUCUCAAACCGCACAAGUCAAGCGGCUGCAGAUAUUGUCUUCUUGCUGGAUGGAUCCGGAAGUGUGGCAGCACACCAGUUCUUGGUCAUGAAAACAUUUGUGAAAAAUGUGACCAGGAGUCUCCUGGAGUUUAACACCUCAUUUGCCUUUGCACAGUACUCCAGUGGAACCACCAUCCACGUGAACUUUCAUCAGUUCCAGAGAACAGGAUGGGAAAACCAGGUGGAUAGUAUCAGCCAAAGAGGAGGAGGCACACGUACUGCUGGUGCUAUCCAGACAGUUGUGGACACCCUGUUUGAUUCUUCUGCUGGAGCGAGACCUGAUGCCGUUAGAAUCCUCAUUGUCCUCACAGAUGGGCAGUCUGGGGAUGCUUCAAGCUAUCCCAGUGUCACGGCACAGGCUGAUAGCAAGAACAUUACUAGAUACGCUAUUGGGAUUGGAAGUGCCUUUAGCAGUCAGUCAGCCCAAGAUGAGCUCAGGAGUAUCGCAUCUUCACCAGAAUCAGACUUUGUGUUUAGAGUGGACAACUUUGAGGCACUGGACAACAUCAGCAGCAGACUGGAGAAGAGCAUCAUGGUCAUAGAAGGGGUGGUCCCUACAACUUGUUCACCCCCUACACCUGAGCCACCAAUCCCUACAAGCCAAGGGGACUCUUGCUCAUCCUCAGCUACUGAACUCUCAAACCGCACAAGUCAAGCGGCUGCAGAUAUUGUCUUCUUGCUGGAUGGAUCCGGAAGUGUGGCAGCACACCAGUUCUUGGUCAUGAAAACAUUUGUGAAAAAUGUGACCAGGAGUCUCCUGGAGUUUAACACCUCAUUUGCCUUUGCACAGUACUCCAGUGGAACCACCAUCCACGUGAACUUUCAUCAGUUCCAGAGAACAGGAUGGGAAAACCAGGUGGAUAGUAUCAGCCAAAGAGGAGGAGGCACACGUACUGCUGGUGCUAUCCAGACAGUUGUGGACACCCUGUUUGAUUCUUCUGCUGGAGCGAGACCUGAUGCCGUUAGAAUCCUCAUUGUCCUCACAGAUGGGCAGUCUGGGGAUGCUUCAAGCUAUCCCAGUGUCACGGCACAGGCUGAUAGCAAGAACAUUACUAGAUACGCUAUUGGGAUUGGAAGUGCCUUUAGCAGUCAGUCAGCCCAAGAUGAGCUCAGGAGUAUCGCAUCUUCACCAGAAUCAGACUUUGUGUUUAGAGUGGACAACUUUGAGGCACUGGACAACAUCAGCAGCAGACUGGAGAAGAGCAUCAUGGUCAUAGAAGGGGUGGUCCCUACAACUUGUUCACCCCCUACACCUGAGCCACCAAUCCCUACAAGCCAAGGGGACUCUUGCUCAUCCUCAGCUACUGAACUCUCAAACCGCACAAGUCAAGCGGCUGCAGAUAUUGUCUUCUUGCUGGAUGGAUCCGGAAGUGUGGCAGCACACCAGUUCUUGGUCAUGAAAACAUUUGUGAAAAAUGUGACCAGGAGUCUCCUGGAGUUUAACACCUCAUUUGCCUUUGCACAGUACUCCAGUGGAACCACCAUCCACGUGAACUUUCAUCAGUUCCAGAGAACAGGAUGGGAAAACCAGGUGGAUAGUAUCAGCCAAAGAGGAGGAGGCACACGUACUGCUGGUGCUAUCCAGACAGUUGUGGACACCCUGUUUGAUUCUUCUGCUGGAGCGAGACCUGAUGCCGUUAGAAUCCUCAUUGUCCUCACAGAUGGGCAGUCUGGGGAUGCUUCAAGCUAUCCCAGUGUCACGGCACAGGCUGAUAGCAAGAACAUUACUAGAUACGCUAUUGGGAUUGGAAGUGCCUUUAGCAGUCAGUCAGCCCAAGAUGAGCUCAGGAGUAUCGCAUCUUCACCAGAAUCAGACUUUGUGUUUAGAGUGGACAACUUUGAGGCACUGGACAACAUCAGCAGCAGACUGGAGAAGAGCAUCAUGGUCAUAGAAGGGGUGGUCCCUACAACUUGUUCACCCCCUACACCUGAGCCACCAAUCCCUACAAGCCAAGGGGACUCUUGCUCAUCCUCAGCUACUGAACUCUCAAACCGCACAAGUCAAGCGGCUGCAGAUAUUGUCUUCUUGCUGGAUGGAUCCGGAAGUGUGGCAGCACACCAGUUCUUGGUCAUGAAAACAUUUGUGAAAAAUGUGACCAGGAGUCUCCUGGAGUUUAACACCUCAUUUGCCUUUGCACAGUACUCCAGUGGAACCACCAUCCACGUGAACUUUCAUCAGUUCCAGAGAACAGGAUGGGAAAACCAGGUGGAUAGUAUCAGCCAAAGAGGAGGAGGCACACGUACUGCUGGUGCUAUCCAGACAGUUGUGGACACCCUGUUUGAUUCUUCUGCUGGAGCGAGACCUGAUGCCGUUAGAAUCCUCAUUGUCCUCACAGAUGGGCAGUCUGGGGAUGCUUCAAGCUAUCCCAGUGUCACGGCACAGGCUGAUAGCAAGAACAUUACUAGAUACGCUAUUGGGAUUGGAAGUGCCUUUAGCAGUCAGUCAGCCCAAGAUGAGCUCAGGAGUAUCGCAUCUUCACCAGAAUCAGACUUUGUGUUUAGAGUGGACAACUUUGAGGCACUGGACAACAUCAGCAGCAGACUGGAGAAGAGCAUCAUGGUCAUAGAAGGGGUGGUCCCUACAACUUGUUCACCCCCUACACCUGAGCCACCAAUCCCUACAAGCCAAGGGGACUCUUGCUCAUCCUCAGCUACUGAACUCUCAAACCGCACAAGUCAAGCGGCUGCAGAUAUUGUCUUCUUGCUGGAUGGAUCCGGAAGUGUGGCAGCACACCAGUUCUUGGUCAUGAAAACAUUUGUGAAAAAUGUGACCAGGAGUCUCCUGGAGUUUAACACCUCAUUUGCCUUUGCACAGUACUCCAGUGGAACCACCAUCCACGUGAACUUUCAUCAGUUCCAGAGAACAGGAUGGGAAAACCAGGUGGAUAGUAUCAGCCAAAGAGGAGGAGGCACACGUACUGCUGGUGCUAUCCAGACAGUUGUGGACACCCUGUUUGAUUCUUCUGCUGGAGCGAGACCUGAUGCCGUUAGAAUCCUCAUUGUCCUCACAGAUGGGCAGUCUGGGGAUGCUUCAAGCUAUCCCAGUGUCACGGCACAGGCUGAUAGCAAGAACAUUACUAGAUACGCUAUUGGGAUUGGAAGUGCCUUUAGCAGUCAGUCAGCCCAAGAUGAGCUCAGGAGUAUCGCAUCUUCACCAGAAUCAGACUUUGUGUUUAGAGUGGACAACUUUGAGGCACUGGACAACAUCAGCAGCAGACUGGAGAAGAGCAUCAUGGUCAUAGAAGGGGUGGUCCCUACAACUUGUUCACCCCCUACACCUGAGCCACCAAUCCCUACAAGCCAAGGGGACUCUUGCUCAUCCUCAGCUACUGAACUCUCAAACCGCACAAGUCAAGCGGCUGCAGAUAUUGUCUUCUUGCUGGAUGGAUCCGGAAGUGUGGCAGCACACCAGUUCUUGGUCAUGAAAACAUUUGUGAAAAAUGUGACCAGGAGUCUCCUGGAGUUUAACACCUCAUUUGCCUUUGCACAGUACUCCAGUGGAACCACCAUCCACGUGAACUUUCAUCAGUUCCAGAGAACAGGAUGGGAAAACCAGGUGGAUAGUAUCAGCCAAAGAGGAGGAGGCACACGUACUGCUGGUGCUAUCCAGACAGUUGUGGACACCCUGUUUGAUUCUUCUGCUGGAGCGAGACCUGAUGCCGUUAGAAUCCUCAUUGUCCUCACAGAUGGGCAGUCUGGGGAUGCUUCAAGCUAUCCCAGUGUCACGGCACAGGCUGAUAGCAAGAACAUUACUAGAUACGCUAUUGGGAUUGGAAGUGCCUUUAGCAGUCAGUCAGCCCAAGAUGAGCUCAGGAGUAUCGCAUCUUCACCAGAAUCAGACUUUGUGUUUAGAGUGGACAACUUUGAGGCACUGGACAACAUCAGCAGCAGACUGGAGAAGAGCAUCAUGGUCAUAGAAGGGGUGGUCCCUACAACUUGUUCACCCCCUACACCUGAGCCACCAAUCCCUACAAGCCAAGGGGACUCUUGCUCAUCCUCAGCUACUGAACUCUCAAACCGCACAAGUCAAGCGGCUGCAGAUAUUGUCUUCUUGCUGGAUGGAUCCGGAAGUGUGGCAGCACACCAGUUCUUGGUCAUGAAAACAUUUGUGAAAAAUGUGACCAGGAGUCUCCUGGAGUUUAACACCUCAUUUGCCUUUGCACAGUACUCCAGUGGAACCACCAUCCACGUGAACUUUCAUCAGUUCCAGAGAACAGGAUGGGAAAACCAGGUGGAUAGUAUCAGCCAAAGAGGAGGAGGCACACGUACUGCUGGUGCUAUCCAGACAGUUGUGGACACCCUGUUUGAUUCUUCUGCUGGAGCGAGACCUGAUGCCGUUAGAAUCCUCAUUGUCCUCACAGAUGGGCAGUCUGGGGAUGCUUCAAGCUAUCCCAGUGUCACGGCACAGGCUGAUAGCAAGAACAUUACUAGAUACGCUAUUGGGAUUGGAAGUGCCUUUACCAGUCAGUCAGCCCAAGAUGAGCUCAGGAGUAUCGCAUCUUCACCAGAAUCAGACUUUGUGUUUAGAGUGGACAACUUUGAGGCACUGGACAACAUCAGCAGCAGACUGGAGAAGAGCAUCAUGGUCAUAGAAGGGGUGGUCCCUACAACUUGUUCACCCCCUACACCUGAGCCACCAAUCCCUACAAGCCAAGGGGACUCUUGCUCAUCCUCAGCUACUGAACUCUCAAACCGCACAAGUCAAGCGGCUGCAGAUAUUGUCUUCUUGCUGGAUGGAUCCGGAAGUGUGGCGGCACACCAGUUCUUGGUGAUGAAAACAUUUGUGAAAAAUGUGACCAGGAGUCUCCUGGAGUUUAACACCUCAUUUGCCUUUGCACAGUACUCCAGUGGAACCACCGUCCACGUGAACUUUCAUCAGUUCCAGAGAACAGGAUGGGAAAACCAGGUGGACAGUAUCAGCCAGAGAGGAGGAGGCACACGUACUGCUGGUGCUAUCCAGACAGUUGUGGACACCCUGUUUGAUUCUUCUGCUGGAUCGAGACCUGAUGCCGUUAGAAUCCUCAUUGUUCUCACAGAUGGGCAGUCUGGGGAUGCUUCAAGCUAUCCCAGUGUCACGGCACAGGCUGAUAGCAAGAACAUUACUAGAUAUGCUAUUGGGAUUGGAAGUGCCUUUAGCAGUCAGUCAGCCCAAGAUGAGCUCAGGAGUAUCGCAUCUUCACCAGAAUCAGACUUUGUGUUUAGAGUGGACAACUUUGAGGCACUGGACAACAUCAGCAGCAGACUGGAGAAGAGCAUCAUGGUCAUAGAAGGGGUGGUCCCUACAACUUGUUCACCCCCUACACCUGAGCCACCAAUCCCUACAAGCCAAGGGGACUCUUGCUCAUCCUCAGCUACUGAACUCUCAAACCGCACAAGUCAAGCGGCUGCAGAUAUUGUCUUCUUGCUGGAUGGAUCCGGAAGUGUGGCGGCACACCAGUUCUUGGUCAUGAAAACAUUUGUGAAAAAUGUGACCAGGAGUCUCCUGGAAUUUAACACCUCAUUUGCCUUUGCACAGUACUCCAGUGGAACCACCAUCCACGUGAACUUUCAUCAGUUCCAGAGAACAGGAUGGGAAAACCAGGUGGACAGUAUCAGCCAGAGAGGAGGAGGCACACGUACUGCUGGUGCUAUCCAGACAGUUGUGGACACCCUGUUUGAUUCUUCUGCUGGAGCGAGACCUGAUGCCGUUAGAAUCCUCAUUGUCCUCACAGAUGGGCAGUCUGGGGAUGCUUCAAGCUAUCCCAGUGUCACGGCACAGGCUGAUAGCAAGAACAUUACUAGAUACGCUAUUGGGAUUGGAAGUGCCUUUAGCAGUCAGUCAGCCCAAGAUGAGCUCAGGAGUAUCGCAUCUUCACCAGAAUCAGACUUUGUGUUUAGAGUGGACAACUUUGAGGCACUGGACAACAUCAGCAGCAGACUGGAGAAGAGCAUCAUGGUCAUAGAAGGGGUGGUCCCUACAACUUGUUCACCCCCUACACCUGAGCCACCAAUCCCUACAAGCCAAGCGGCUGCAGAUAUUGUCUUCUUGCUGGAUGGAUCCGGAAGUGUGGCAGCAAACCAGUUCUUGGUCAUGAAAACGUUUGUGAAAAAUGUGACCAGGAGUCUCCUGGAGUUUAACACCUCAUUUGCCUUUGCACAGUACUCCAGUGGAACCACCAUCCACGUGAACUUUCAUCAGUUCCAGAGAACAGGAUGGGAAAACCAGGUGGACACUAUCAGCCAGAGAGGAGGAGGCACACGUACUGCUGGUGCUAUCCAGACAGUUGUGUAA